UUGUUGUUGUUGUUGGAAUCCGGUCGUGAUGUAGAUGUGAAUACGUUGCUUCAAAGCGAGCUUGCUCCAGUCCCAAAGUCACUUGCUACCCUAGACGGAAGUCUACGAGAAGCAGGGAAGUCGGAUCUUGGUACCAUUUUACAAGGAAAUGUCUGCAAGAGCCAAAUGCCUAUCAGCAGGAGUCAAACAUGCACUAUUAUUGAUGGAAUGGCAGCUGUUCAGUCCCUCGCCAACUCUUCAGGAGCAAAAACCUUUGGGGAGUGGAGUGACCGAUUUCUUCGUCAUGUCACUUCCCAUUUUUCGGACAGUUGUACAAGGGUUGACGUGCUAUUUGACAGAUAUGUCAAGAACUCGAUAAAAGGAGGAACCAGAGACAAGCGCAAGGAGAAAAAGAGCACGGGGAUUAGGCGCAAUGUGGAUAACAGAGAUCAGAGAAUUGGAAACUGGGAAAGGUUCAUCAUUCUAGAAGAUAACAAGGCUAGCCUAGCUCAUUUCCUCUCGACUGAAAUCUGGGAGAGUUACAGCGCGCCUCCUGGGCGAGAGCUGGUGAUCAAUGGAGGCUUCAAGGAUACACUGAAGGUUUGGUCAUCUGACACAUCACGACAAGAUAUAAGAGAGCUCGCAUCAGAUCAUGAGGAGGCAGAUACUACAAUAGUACUGCAUGCCCGAGACGCAGCAGCAAGAGGGUACAAGCAAGUCAAUAUUUUGUGUCGUGAUACGGACGUUCUUGUCCUCCUUUUGGCACACCGAGAGCAGCUUUGUCAAGAGAUAUGGAUGUUUGCGGGUACAUCAAGACAAAGGCGUUACAUACCAGUUCACAGAAUCCCGCUCUGCGAGGAGAAGAGGAAGUCGCUUCUAGCAUUUCAUGCCAUUACUGGCUGUGAUACGACAAGCCAGUUCUAUGGUGUGGGCAAGGCAUCGGCAUGGAAAGUCUUCGAAGAUGCACCUGACCUCUUGGAACACCUUGGAGAAGAAAGCCAAAUCAGUGCUGACGUUCUUGCCAAAGCUGAAGCCUUUGUAUGCAAACUCUACAAUCCGGGUAUACAAGAGGUGGAAAUCAACAAAGAAAGAGCAGCAGCGUUUCGCAAAUCCAAGAAAGAUCUUGACGCCCUACCUCCGACUCAAGAUGCACUGAUUCUCCACGUAAAGCGGGCAAACUAUCAGACCAUGGUAUGGAAUAAAGCGCUGGAACCAUGUCCUUCUCUCCCAAAGCCUGAAGAGAGCGGAUGGUAUUACAGUGAAGGCCUUCUGAAGCCAAAGUUAAUAACGCGAGAAGAAGUGUCAACCGCGUGUUUACAGUUAGCAUACUGUGGGUGCUCCCGAGAGGGCGAAUGCUGUGUAAACCGACGCUGCACUUGCGUUCAACUAUCUCUUUGCUGUUCCAAGGCAUGUAAAUGUGGCGACAGGUGCAGAAACGACAGGAACACUGCAGCAGAGGCGAAUGAAGCAUGA